UUAAUAUAAAAUCGAGAAGAAUUUUGUCCUUUUACUUUUUCAGUAUCACCUUUUACUCUUCUGCUACAUUUUAGGGAUGGAUAGGGGGAGGGGAAGGCGGUGAGAGAGCUGCGGCGGUGGUUACAGAUCAUUCUGCAUUUUGCCGUAGAAGACAUUAUCGGAUGCCGUGAGUACCGAUCUUGGUGUUUGCGGAGGUGUCUAGAAGUUCAGAUCAGGGCUUUGAGGUUUGGGAUCCUGCCGAUGGGAAAAUCUCCUGGAAGAUGGAUCAAGACACUUCUCUUUGGAAAGAAGACGAAAUCACAGGCUACAAAAGGAAGGAAUUUACCGAGAGAAGCUAACAGAGGAUAUACUGGUGCAAAAGGCCCAAAUUUAGCAGUGAAUUCUCUGGAAAUUUCUGAACCACUUCCAAUAAGCAUUGGGAAUGGUGGAGAUAUAGUGACAUCAUAUGAAGGGAAACCAUCAGAUACAGGGGAGUCGGCCAUUUCAAACACUAAUCAAGGAGUUGUAGAAUCUAUUAUAUCAGAACGCAUGAACAGUGAUGCAGAAGAGCAUGCUGCUAUAAAGGCACAGGCAGCAUUCCGUGGUUAUCUGGCACGUAGGGCAUUUCGUGCUCUUAAAGGUAUUAUUAGGCUGCAGGCAUUAAUAAGAGGGCACCUGGUGAGAAGACAAGCUAUUGCAACUCUACAUGCGAUGGAAGGAAUUGUCAAAUUACAAGCUAUAGCUCGUGGAAGAAAAGUUAGACAUUCCUUUAGUGAGCUUAAAGUCACUGUAAACUAUAAUCAACUAAAGACCGUAGAUCCCAUAGCACAGGAUGCUUGGAAAAGGAAGUUUUCAUCAAACGCAUUUAUAUGGAAGCUUCUUACAUCCUCAAUUCAGGCAAAACCUCUGCAAAUUAACUAUGAUAAACGAGACCCCAAUUCAGUCUUCAGCUGGUUAGAUAGAUGGACCACUAUCAGUUUCUCAGUGCCUACAGCCAAAUCGAAACGGAGAAUUACUUUGAAAGGCCAAACCAACCGAGCUGUGGAAAUUGAAUCAGGAAAAUCAAGGCGCGUGCAAAAUAAUUCUGCUUCAAAUAUUGCAACUGGUCAAUUAACAAAUUCCAACAAUGAACCUGAAAAAGCAAAGAGGAAUCUGAAAAAGGCAAACAGUUCCCCAGUGGAAGCCAUACCAGAACAAGCACAAUCGGAGCUUGAAAGAGUAAAACGUAAUUUAAGAAAGAUAUCUACUAUAAAGGACGUGACUGAGCAACCAGAGAUCGAAAGUCAGAAAUCAGACCUAAGUUUGAAAAAUGUGGCUGUUGUCUUUUCUGAGAAUCUUAGCCUAGGAGUUGUUGAUUCCAUGGAAAAACCAAAGAUGGAUAUUGCUCUAACACCUACUUUAAAACCAGAGAAUGAAAAUACUACCAAGUCUGCUGUAGCAGAUGAACAAAUUGAUGUGCCGCUUUAUGAUAAGCUAUUGAAUGAAACACAAUUAUUGCAGGAGAUAGAUAAUGCAGAGAACAAUAUACUGACAAGUGAAGAAGUAAGCUUAAAGGAAGAACAACUUUGUCAUGAAAACCAAAAGACAGGGAAAAGGAGAUCAUUCUCGGCAAAAUCAGAAUAUCCUGAAAAUGGUUUGCCGAAUAUUCCUGUGCUUCCUAGCUAUAUGGCAGCAACUGAAUCUGCUAAGGCAAAAUUACGUGGACAAAUAUCUCCAAGGCUUGCGUUGGACUGUGAGGACAAAAGUGGUAUCACUCGACGACAUUCUCUACCGCCUGCUACCAAUGGCAAAAUGAGUUCACCAAGGACAAAGAGACCAAUACCAGAUAAGGCUAUUCAAGUGGGAUGGAGGCGGUGAAUUGCACUGGGAAGUCAACCCAAAUCGCUCGUCCGAAGUAAAAUUUGAGUUGAAGAACAUUUUUGCUUCUCUAUUUAUUUGCUUGUUGGUGUUGUGCUCCGCACAAUUCUAGACAAAGUGAUUUGAACGGAUCAGUGUGUGGUUUGUUUGCAAAGCAUUCAUAUCUCCAGGAUACGUGUUUGUCUGUGUAUAGUUAGUAUCAGUAGGGUUUGUUUUCUCCAUGAUUCAGCAAUCAAUUUCCGCGUGCAUUUUCCUUCUCUCUCUGUGUUUUUUCUUUCCCACUCCAUUGUUAUUCAAUGUGUAAACAUUUGAAGUCGCAUGGUAAUUUUAUGACUGUUUGGAGCA